AUGUUCAGCAAUUGAGGCGGUGCUGGAGUUCGUGGAAGGCUGGGAGGAUAAAGUUUUUGGGUAUAAAACGAAAAGCUCCAUUGAUUUGCCUUCACUCAUUUGAGAGCUCUGAUCCAAAGUACAAAGUUUGAAUGAAUCCCCAGAAUAUUUAGCCAGCAUGUGAUUUCACUAUAAAGUACUCCGUAUACUGUAAAGCAAACUGUAGGUGCCCCACCCACCCCCGCCUUUUGCCAGUCUUGGGUUUGAUAUACUCGAAAGUCACCAUUUUGGACUGCAGGGGCCUAUGGGCAUACUGGGGAUGGCUAAAACAGCAAUGCGAAGUGUUAGAACUUUUUCUGUGCCAUAAAGUGAAAGCCAGUUCGUCGUUUCUUGCUCAUUAAAUCGCCAUUGCUGACUUCCUCCCAGUCUCGAGCUUUUUAAAGGGCGUGAAGGUGGGUAUUGGAAAUCAUGUCUAUUUGAGUGUCAAUCUAAGUUCACAUCCUAUGUAACAUUGGCCAAAACUGCAUUUUUCUUAGAAAAUAAUUAUACUUGGUCUUCCCGUGGAUACAUGCAUGUCGACAUUUUACCUUCCAUGGAUUCCUCUGUUCCCAGUUGAAACGGACAUUUAAUAUGGUUAGGGGUUAAGGACUUUCAAGUUGGAUAAGUUUAUUGGUAUCUCAAGAGUGAUGGACAUCAUUUUGAAGCUAAUCAAAGCAGCAUUUUUUAUGCUGCUAUUGCUAUGGUGGUUGAGGGAUGUUUUGAAGAGAAAGAGACAAGGCGGUACUGUUGUUGUUGAUGAUGCUUCCAGACAUAAAGGAAAAACCAUGAUUUUAAAGAAGAUUGUAGUCUCACUGAACUUUAUCAUUGCAAUAUCUUAUCUGGGAUUUUAUCUCCAUGUCAUCUGGAGAUUUAGACACUAUUCCAUUGAUGAUUAUGUUUUAUCAGCCUUAACGUGGACUGCAGCUAGUUUAGUAUCUCUGUAUUCAUUAAACCGAAAAUCGGAAGAUAACAGGUGGCCUUUGAUGCUUGUUCUCUGGUGGGUCUUUUCGGCAGUAUGUUAUUUACUUUUGGUCAUUCUUCAUCUUGCCACCCUUUACUGUUACAUUAAGGUUCCAUUCGUAAUCCCGAAGACCAACAUCGUUGAUUUGGUCACUCUGCCACUGUCAAUUGGAUUGUGUUUUCACAUGCUUCCCAAGUUUUCUACCACAAGAGAACAGAAUGAGGCGCAACAGCCGUUUCUUCCAAAAGAAUGCCAUGACCCUUUUUGUAGUGCUGGGAUUUGGAGCCGUGCUAUGUUCAUGUGGCUUAAUCCACUGUUUAAGAAGGGGCGUCAUGAAAGACUGAGACUAAAACACAUACCUUCCAUUCCUGAAUUUGAUACGGCUGAGCAUGCUUCAUCUUUGUUGGAAGAAGCCCUUCGGGUGCAGAUAACUCCUUCACUUCCCAGUGCAAUAAUCCAUGCUGUUUGGUGGCCUCUCACUGCAAAUGCCUUUUUUGCAGGUGUUAACACAAUUGCAUCAUAUACAUGUCUCUUGCUGAUCACGAGCUUUGUGAAGUUCUUAUCAGAAAAACAUGAUGAUUUAAACUAUCUUCGUCAUGGAUUACUUCUCGCAUUUGUAUUCCUCUUUGCAAAAACCAUAGAAUCAUUGUCCCAAAGACAGUGGUAUUUUGGUGCUCAUCGAAUAGGCAUUAGAAUUAGAGCUGCUCUUAUGGCAUUGACAUACAAAAAGUCUCUACUGGUCAAGCAUGAUGUCACAAGAAAUGGACAAGUCAUCAAUUUCCUUAAUGUAGAUGUUGAGAGGAUAGGGGACUUCUUCUGGCACAUUCAUGGAAUCUGGUUGCUCCCUGUUCAGGUCAUUUUUGCAUUGAUAAUCUUGGGCUUGAACUUGGGUGUUCUUCCCUCAAUAGCUGCACUUUUCACCACAAUUAUUGUAAUGGUGAGCAACACCCCACUUGCCAGUAUGCAAGAACAGCUGCACUCGAAGAUUAUGGAAGCUCGAGACUUUAGAGUCAAAGCCACUUCUGAAACGUUAAAAAACAUCAAAGUCUUGAAACUGCAUUCAUGGGAAUCAUCAUUCAUGAAGAAGUUGCUUCAACUAAGAGCAACAGAGAGGAGUGUCUUAAGGAGAUACCUAUAUACCUGUUCUGCUGUGGUUUUUCUCUUCUGGGCUUCACCAACUUUAGUGUCCGUUGUGACUUUUGGUGUUUGCGUUGUGCUCAAAACACCUCUAAGUGCAGGAACUGUCCUCUCUGCUUUAGCGACUUUUCGUAUCCUGCAAGAGCCCAUAUACAACCUCCCUGAGCUGAUAUCUGUGAUUGCUCAGACAAAGGUUUCAGUUGACCGGAUGCAAGGUUUUAUCAUAGAGGAAAGCCAGAAGAGUUUGACAGGAUAUCUUGCUCCCAAUGUCACAACUGCUGAUGUGGCAGUUGAGAUUGAGCCUGGAGAGUAUUCUUGGGGAAGCGACUACUUGAGAAAACCCACAAUUAAGAUAACUGAGAAAAUAAAAAUCAGGAAGGGAUGCAAAGUUGCAAUCUGUGGUUCUGUUGGUUCAGGCAAGUCAAGCUUUCUCAGCAGCAUUAUGGGUGAGAUCCCAAAGGUUUUUGGGCGAAGUGUCAAGACUAAUGGCUCAAAAGCACUAGUGCCACAAAGUGCAUGGAUUCAGACAGGGACUGUUAGAGAGAAUGUGUUGUUUGGGAAGGAAAUGGAUGCAGGCCGAUAUCAUGAUGUUCUGGAACGAUGUGCUUUAAAACGUGAUAUUGAAAUGUUGGUUGAUGGAGAUCUUACUAUGGUGGGAGAAAGAGGAAUAAACCUAAGUGGGGGGCAAAAACAAAGGAUUCAAUUGGCCAGGGCAGUUUACAGUGACUCAGACAUAUAUCUCCUAGAUGAUCCUUUCAGUGCUGUUGAUGCCAAAACUGGUGCUCAUAUCUUCAAGAAAUGUCUGAUGGAGACUCUGCAUGGCAAAACUGUUAUUUAUGCCACACACCAGUUAGAAUUUUUAGAUGCCUCAGAUCUUGUCUUGGUAAUAAAAGAUGGUACAAUAGUUCAGUCAGGGAAGUAUGAAAAUCUGAUAGGAGACUUGAAUGGUGAGCUUGUGAGACACAUGGCUGCACACCAAAAAACACUAAAUCAAGUCAGCCCUUCCAAAAACUACUGCAUAAACAAGUGUCAAAAUCCAAACAACUUGAUGAUUGAAAUGAUAGAAGAAUGUGAAGAACUUACGUUCAAUGAUAAACAGUUGGAAAACUCUCAGCAGGAAGAGACUGAAUCAGGCCGAGUUAAAUGGAGUGUAUACUCUACUUUUGUGACCUCUGCAUAUAAAGGGUCUCUGGUCCCCCCUGUUCUUUUAUGUCAUAUUCUUUUCCAGGGGUUGCAAAUGGCAAGUAAUUACUGGAUGGCAUGGGGAACUGAAAAAGGAAGAGUUUCCAGAGAGCAACUGAUUGGGAUGUUUGUCUUGCUGUCAGGCGGAAGCACUAUCUUUAUCUUGGGCAGGGCAUUUUUGCUUUCAACUAUUGCAAUUAAGACUUCUCAGCAGUUUUUUACCCGAAUGACUGAAUCAGUUUUCCGUGCACCUAUGUCAUUUUUUGACUCUACACCGUCGAGCAGAAUUCUCAACCGUGCCUCCACAGAUCAAAGCACUCUGGAUACGGAUAUACCUUAUAGAUUGGCAGGUCUGGUGUUUGCUCUUAUACAACUACUCAGCAUCAUUAUACUCAUGUGCCAAGCUGCGUGGCAGGUCUUUAUCAUCUUCCUAGUCAUACUUCCCAUCUCCAUGUGGUAUCAGUCUUAUUACAUCAAAUCUGCUAGAGAACUAGCUAGGAUGGGUUCUAUCCAGAAAGCUCCAAUUCUCCAUCAUUUUUCGGAGUCACUCCAUGGAGCAGCAACAAUUCGUUGCUUUGCUCAGGAAUUUCGCUUCUUGCAGAAAAACUUGAGUUUCAUUGAUGAUUACUCGCGUGUUUCAUUUUUCAACUUCGCCACAAUGGAAUGGCUUUGCCUGCGGAUCAACUUCCUUUUCAACCUUGCCUUUUUCGUUCUUCUCAUCAUUUUGGUGAACCUUCCAAGAUCAGCCAUUGAUCCCAGCUUAGCAGGACUUGCUGCUACAUAUGGAUUAAAUCUUAAUGUUCUUCAAGCUUGGUUUAUUUGGAACCUUUGCAAUGUAGAGAACAAAAUGAUUUCAGUUGAAAGAAUAUUACAAUUCACCAAUAUACCCAGUGAAGCUCCACUUAUUGUUGAAAACAGCAGACCAAAGUCAGAGUGGCCAGAGAGUGGAAGAAUUCAAAUUGAAAAUCUUCAAGUGCAGUAUAGCCCUGAUCUUCCUUUAGUUUUAAAAGGAAUUACUUGCAUCUUUCCUGAGGGAAAGAAAAUCGGUGUGGUUGGAAGAACUGGAAGUGGUAAGUCCACGCUUAUUCAAGCCCUCUUCCGGGUUGUAGAGCCGUCACAAGGACGGAUCAUGAUUGAUGAAAUAGACAUUUCAAACAUUGGUUUGCAAGAUUUGAGGUCUCAGCUGAGUAUAAUACCACAAGAUCCAGCUUUGUUUCAAGGAACUGUGAGGACCAAUAUCGAUCCCCUUGAGCAGCACGCAGACCAUGACAUUUGGGAGGUUGUGGAUAAAUGCCACCUUGCUGGGAUAGUAAAGCAGGAUUACAGACACCUAGAUGCACCAGUUGCUGAAGAUGGGGAAAACUGGAGUAUAGGGCAAAGGCAGCUUGUUUGUUUGGCAAGGGCCUUACUACAGAGGAAGAGGAUUUUGGUGCUUGAUGAAGCUACUGCUUCAGUAGAUACAGCUACUGACAAUGUUAUUCAAAAAACAAUACGAGAAGAAACUAGCAGUUGCACAGUCAUAACUGUCGCGCAUCGGAUUCCCACCGUCAUUGACAAUGACCUUGUCCUUGUACUUGAUGAAGGAAAAAUUCUUGAAUAUGAUUCUCCUGCUCGGCUACUUGAAGACGAUUCCUCUGCAUUUUCUAAUUUGGUGAGGGAAUUCUUGAGGAGAUCCACCGAGGCAGGCCAAUUGUGAUGUCCGGAUUAGUCACACUCUAAACCCCAUGUCAUUUCUAUCCUCACAACAACCCUUGGCACGUAAGUGACUCUCAUGAACAGCAGCUAGAAGAGGGAUGGGUGUUUCGACUGGAAUCAGCUUAGGAUAGUCUCUAAUCACAUCUAACACAGCCUAGUUAGAGAUGUAGCAGUGGGAAUUGGGUAAUUGAAACAAAGGUUUCUUAAUCAACCUACCAACACGGAACGAUAUGAGACUAUAUAAAAAAUUGUUGCAAAUGAGAGUAAAACACGAAUAAAAGUGCACAAACACGAAUGUUAAAUAUAAAGUGCAAAUACAAGUAUGACUCAUUUAGUCCUAAUAGAAUAGCAAAAGUAGUUAAAUUUUCUUCAUGUAGGGGUGAAUGCAUACUUGAGAUUAAAUCAGUUAGUCCUAUUCGAGGAAAUGUAUUAUGUUUUAAUCAUCAGUAGUUUCUUUCAGUACAGCGUUUAUUUGCUCGGGCAUUGUACUGUUUGCUUCGUUUCUAGAUUAGUAGAGGAGCGCCCUUUGUUGUGAAAACCACGCUAAGCUAGGACUGGGUGGCUGUCGGGUGUUUACGGCUUACCUCGGCUGACAGCAUCGGCAGAGCCUACAAUUUCUAAUAAUAAAAUUGUAUAUUGAUUUGGAUCAUACUUUGUGUUGUUGUUGUUGUUGUUGUUGUUGUUGUUGGGCAUAUGGCAAAGCUUUACUUGGUGCCAUUUCUACCAUUUUGGCUGGCUUAAAACAUGCUUGUAUAUGGCUAUAGCCUAUAGAGAUUUUUACCUGUGGCUGUGACUGAAACAAGGUCUUUCUCCAUUUCAGUUUUCAGUUGGAUAAUACCACUCCAUCAAUUUAGG